AUGGUGACUCCUGAAAUCCAACACUUGGUCCUGAAUGCCACGUUCAAGGGCAUCCAGCGUGAUGAUCAAAAUGUACCCGUUCAUCAAUUCCUAGGUAUAAAAUAUGCCAGCAUCCCGGCACGAUUCGAGAAGGCCGAGCCUGUGCGCGGUUUUGACGGAGCCGUUGUUGAUGCCUCGAAAUAUGGUCCAGUAUGUCCUCAACCAGUUGUGGAUGUCCGCCAUCUCCUCCGUAUUCCAGAGGACUUCGCCAUUGUCCCGGAAGCAGCGGACGAAUUUGAAUGCCUGAAUCUAGAGAUUACAUGUCCUCCAAAGUCUUCCAUAACAGGCCCUAUUCCUGUUCUCGUCUGGAUACAUGGCGGCUCUCAGAUCGUCACAUUCUGCUCUGCUGCCUCCAAGAUUUGUGACCCGACCAAGAUUGUUGCAGAUUCUAUCAAGACAGGCAAACCCAUCAUCUUUGUAUCGAUCAAUUACCGCCUAAAUAUCUUCAGUUUUGGAGAUGGGAAAGAAAAGAACCUGGCCCGGAAAGAUCAGCGUCUGGGUAUUGAGUGGGUGCGACAGAAUAUCGCUGGUUUCGGGGGUGAUCCUGAAAAUAUCACGUUGUCGGGCGAAAGUGCGGGGGCUAUCUAUACCCAUGCUCAUCUCAUCACUGGCCCUCCUGUGAAAAGGGCCAUCAUGGCAUCUGGGACUCUUUAUCUGUCCUCGCCGCUACCGGUCGAAAAGGGAGAUGGUCUUAUUAAAGGACUAGAGGCCAAGGUCCGAGAGCUUGGUCAGACUUCGCUGCGCGAAUCCUCCGUUACUGUACUGGUCCAAGCACUGCGAGAGUGCAAUGUGAAUACAAUGUGGAUCCAAGAGGAGCCUGAACUGUCAGGUUGGGAAACCAGACCUGAGCAGGUUGAGGAAGUGAUGAUUGGUGAUGUUGAGUACGAGUCUGUUAUCUGGCGAAACGGCGUCGAGCUCCUAGAUGGAGAGACGAUCGCAGCUGCAUUCGACAACGAUAAGCAAUGGGGUACGCAGCUUCGAAAAAUGUACCAAAUUUUCGGUGAUCGCCCAACUGCCGCGAAGCUGGGAGCUCUAGAUCUCGUCAAUGAUGUUCGGUAUACUCUCCCUGUCGAGGUGAUUACCGACAAGUUACGCGCGGCAAACAAGCGAGUCUUCCAAUAUGUGGUAGACCAGUCUAAUCCCUGGCAAGCUUCAAGUCGUGCACACCAUGCAGUUGAUCUGCUGUUUCUGUUCGACGGCGUUGAUCUAUCGUUCAAUCCUGCGGCUAGCGCUGUUGGAAAGGAGAUGCGGCAGCGUUGGAUUCGGUUUGUCAAUGGUGAUGGACCUUGGUCUGCUGAUUUGCGAUUUGCUUUUGGACCUUUGGGUGAGUGCAAAGAGAUCGAUGAGUCGCAGUUCGCUGCUCGUCGGAGAGUUGAGCAUUGCAAGGUGCUUAAGGAAGCAGGAAAUGGCGCGUAUAUGCCUAUUGUCUUUGGUUUGACUGCAGGGAGAAUUAGUCUAUUAAAUUAG